CAAAAGCGCUUUGGGAUGUUUGGGAGCAUUUUCCAGCAGGUGCGCCGAGAGGGACACAGAAGCCGCACACACCGUCCAGGCUGCCGCAGCGCCCGCGCGCUCAGCACCACCCCAGGCGCCGAGCCGCACAUGCGCAGCCAGUGCCUCCGGCGGCCGCUCAGCCCUGCCCCUCCGGGCCGCCGGGUUUCCGGAAAGACCCCGGGCGUGGCAACGCUCAUGCGCGGGCUGGCGCCGCGCAUGCGCGCUCGGGUGUCUCCGCGGAGCUCGCGCCUAUACCUCUGGCGUCACCGAGGGCGGGCGGUGUUAGGGGUGCCGGGGUCGCGGGCCCCUCCGGGCCUGAGCAGCACGGAGGUGCAGGGUGCCGCCGAGGGCGCGGGGCCGGGCGCUAGCGGCGCGCCCCUCCCCGCGGCCGCCGCCCCGCAGUUCGCCCUGCUGGUGAUGCGGCCCUGCGGCGGGCCCGGUGAGCCUGCGGCCCUCGGGGGCGGCGCCGGCGCGGCCGGGGCCCCGGGCUGCCUGUGCGAAGGGGCGGCGGCCGGCGGCGAGGAGGCGGCGGAGGACGAGGCCGACCUGCUGGACGCCGCGGACGGCCCGGGCGGGGGCGAGAGCGCGGCCAGCCUCGAGGACCCGGAGGACGAGGGGCUGCUGUCGGGGGGCGAGGGCGGCCCCGGGGCAGCCCGGCGGCGGGGCGGCGGCGGGGGCUGCGUGAGCAAGACGUGCACUUACGAGGGCUGCCGCGAGACCACGAGCCAGGUGGCCAAGCAGCGCAAGCCGUGGAUGUGCAAGAAACACCGCAACAAGAUGUACAAGGACAAGUACAAGAAGAAGAAGAGCGACCAGGCCCAGAGCUGCGGGGGCGCCGCGCCGGCCGGCGGCGCGGGGAACGUCAAGCUGGAGGAAAGUCCAGAUAACAUACUCUCCAUUGUUAAACCAAGAACAGGAUCUUUUGGGGAUCGUCCUGCAAGACCUACUCUUCUAGAACAAGUGUUAAAUCAAAAACGACUGUCAUUGCUAAGAAGUCCAGAAGUGGUGCAGUUUUUACAGAAACAGCAACAACUAUUAAAUCAGCAAGUUUUGGAGCAAAGACAGCAGCAGUUCCCAGGGACAUCAGUGUGAGGGGACCUACCAGGAUCUCCAUGUGGGCCUUUGGGACGUAUCUUAUCCUAACGAUGGUGGUACGGCAUGCCAGUAGGACAUAAACAUUUUCCUGUAAAUAUAUGUGUGCAUUUGAGGAUAAAUAAGUAUUAUUACACUUUGUGUACCUAUCCUUUCAGAUGACCAGGAAUUUGAAGAAAUCAGCUUAUCUUUCCCAAACACCUUUUAAUUACAAUGCUUUUUUAAAGAAAGUUUAAGCCAUUGAGACAUUCUUCAGUCAUUGUUGCUGAAGGUAAUGAAGCAGUUUCUUUCUGUGGGAGUCCCCAAGUUAAUAGAUGUUAGCCGGGCAUCAUUUAGCUCAGUGCUUCUGUCAACGGGCAGUUGGAAAUGUAUGGGUAUGUGUUUGGCUGUCACAGUGCCCUUGAAAACUGGGGGUUUUUAAUGAAUGGGCCAGGAAUGCUAAAUGCUCAGCGUGUCUGGAAUGGUCCCACGCAACUAUAGCACAAUGUAUAGUUGGACAGCCCUCCCUCCCCCCGUGAAACCGUGACAGCUACUGCGAUGAUGUAAUGUGCUGGGGCACCUGGACCGGGCUCUUGUGAUGCUGUUCCUUGGCAGUGAAGGCUGGAGCUGUCCAGGGGGCAGGCAUGUUGUAUGUGUAAGGAAAGUGGUCAUUGUUAAAUAUCUGCAGUUAGGAUGUGCAUUCUUAUCAGAGUUGUGCUGGUCAAACUUGGGGCACUGGAACAAACGUGUGUCCUCAAGUUGGCUUCUCUGUUCGCAUUCCCCUCCAUGCUGACGUCUUUUAAAGCACACAGUCUUGUGCAUUGGACUUGGGGCCUGUGUGGAUGUAUCUCAUCCCACCAAUGUCAAGACAGAGUUUUUCUUCUUAUGCUCUUCUCUUUUUCAAAAAGAUCCUGAAAAUAAGAAUGACACUCCAGCAUGCUGUCAGUGUUUUUCACAACUGAGCUAUUUUAAGACUGUGUUCUUUCUAAGUAAUGUUUGAAGAAUGAUGGGUAAUGUGGAUACUUUUUUUCAUGUAUAUUUUCCCAGGAAAAUGUACAAGGUAAACCUACCAGUAAGAGCAACAAAUCAAAGGUCAAGAGCACAUUGCCAGUGUUAGGACAGUAAGCACAUGCCUCCAGUUUAACUGCAAGAGUCUGUUUGUUUCCAGAUUUAAGCUCUGAACUAUGUAGCAGGUCAAACUUAGUCACGCUUCUGAAACGUAUGUAAGGAGAAAGAAUCUUUGUUUAUUUUUGUAUGUGUUUUAUACCUACAUAUCUGUGCAAAAACGCUUCUAUCAAAAUUAUUCAUUAAAGUCCAUUUCUUGAC